ACGCACUUCUUGCGGACCUGCAGAACACCACAGCGAACAUCUCAUGCUACCAGAAAGUCCAGCAAUAUCCUUCUCAGCCAAACCAGGAGCAGUAUUACCCAGGGCAACAGUUUCAUCACCUCCACAACGAUCCCUGCCCAGUCCAAGACUUCCAGCAGCCAGCCCAGAGCUCGAUCCAUGUUGGACACAACCAGAACUACAACAACCAGCGGCUUGGUUCUUCCACAACUGACCUGGAUCCUACCUUCCAGCAGCCAGCCCAGAGCUUGAUCCAUGUUGGACACAACCAGAACUACAACAACCAGCGGCUUGGUUCUUCCACAACUGACCUGGAUCCUACCUUCCAGCAGCACAGCUUCCAUUCCAGUGUAAAGUACCCAGCAGAGAACUCCUGGGCUCAAGAAAACCUCCGUUAUUCAACUGAGGAGAAUUCUACUGAAAGUUUUCACCGGCCUGAGAUCACAUCCUUUGGGGAAGGCUACCAUUCUAGUGGUGGAAAUUCUGGGAGUUCCACACCACCUCCUCUACCUCCUCCACCGUUAGACAUCAUAGACUUUGACAGAGACUUUGAGCAACCAAUAUAUGAACAACAGACAUUCCAUAUAAGAGAAGCCACACCAUCAUCAUCCUUAUCUGACACCAGCGAUAGAGGGGCUGUACAACAGGUCAGAAGUGGCAGAGACCGAGGAGAGAGGAUGUCCGCCCUUAGCAGCAACCUUUCCGAGCUGGAUCAGCUGUUGCAAGACCUCAAUUCUGCCCAGUUCAUGGCUGAAGUUGACCGCAAGAGUGGCCAAGCCAGCGAAGUGACAGUAGUCAAUGGAGCCCUGGGGAAGAACCCUCCACCUGUAGCGCCUAAACCUGCCAGCAAACCUGCCCAGAGAACCUCAGUGGACAAUCUGCUAGACCAGCUGGAAGGUGUGGGUUCGCCGCUUGCCAGGUUGCCUGUGGAUCCACACUACCAAGAACUGAACUCGGUGACGACUGGGUAUUCCCAGAACCAUAGCGGUGCAGAUGGUCCCAUCUACCGUGCUACAUCCUCAUCAUCUGCCUCCUCCACAUCAUCGCACCACCAGCCACAGACAGCUUCGUCUGCCACCAAGGAGCUGGAUGAGCUGAUGAUGUCUCUGUCGGAAUUCAGGAACAAAGGUGACGGAACUGUUGGACCUAAUGAGCCGGCCUAUGCCAAGCCGCUGAAGAGCAGGUCCAUUUCAAGUUCAAGCCCCACAAGUCCUGGUGAAUUGGGCCCUACCUUCCACCAGGGGGAGCAGCAGAGUCAUCUACAGCACCAGCAGACAGUGCAACAACAGGCUCAGCGAGAGAAUGGUCUGGAGACCAUGCUCGGAGACUUGCAGUCAGAUUUGAACCGACAGGGAGUCAGCACCAAACAGAAGGGAGUGUGUGCUGCAUGCCAGAAACCCAUAGUGGGACAGGUGAUUGCUGCCUUGGGCAGAACCUGGCAUGUGGAGCACUUUGUCUGUGCCCACUGCGAGGAGCCACUGGGCACCCGAAGCUUCUACGAGCGAGACUCCCUGGCAUACUGUGAGAAGGACUACCACCAUCUGUUUGCUCCGAGAUGUGCAUACUGUAGCGGGCCGAUUGUUGAUAAAUGUAUCACUGCAUUGGAGAAGAUGUGGCAUCCAGAACACUUCUUCUGUGCUCAGUGUGGCCGCCCGUUUGGGGAGGAGGACUUUCAUGAGAAGAAUGGAAAAGCUUAUUGUAGGGAAGACUACUUCCAGAUGUUUGCCCCCAAGUGUGGAGGAUGUGCUCAGCCCAUCAUGGAGAAUUACAUUUCUGCUCUCAACAGGCAGUGGCACCCGGAAUGUUUUGUGUGCUGGGAGUGUCAGAACCCAUUUGGAGCUGGAAGCUUCUUUGAUUACGAAGGCCUUCCCUACUGCGAAACACACUACCACGCCAAGAAGGGCUCCCUGUGUGCCAGCUGUGAGAGGCCUAUCACUGGCCGCUGUAUCACUGCCAUGUUCCGCAAGUUCCACCCGGAGCACUUUGUCUGUGCCUUCUGUCUGAAACAGCUCAACAAGGGAACAUUCAAGGAACAGAACGACAAGCCUUAUUGCCAUCCUUGCUUCGUCAAGCUGUUUGGUUAA